AUGAGUGCUGUUACAGUAUUUCUUAUUGGGUUUGUUACUAUUGUUGCUACUGGGAUUACCUUUUGUGUGGGAAAUUCCAGGGUGCUUUGCAUUGACAGUGAGAGACAAGCCCUGUUAACGUUCAAACAAGAUAUCAUUGAUCGUUCAAACAGGCUAUCUUCUUGGGGUGAUGGUGGGGAUUGCUGUAACUGGGUUGGAGUUUCCUGCAACAACUUCACAGGUCAUGUCUACAAGUUGGACUUGAGGCCUCCAACUCCAGAUUAUGCAAUAUUAUCAGAUGCUGAAAUUGGAGUUUAUUGGCUCUCAAUGCUGAGAGGAAAAAUAAAUCCUUCUUUGCUCUUAUUGAAGCAUCUGAGUCACCUAGACCUUAGUUAUAACAACUUCGGAGACAUCCGGAUUCCACAAUUCCUUGGUUCAAUGAAGAGUUUAAUAUAUCUUGACCUCUCUGGAGCAAAAUUUGGAGGAGCUCUUCCUCAUCAACUUGGAAAUCUGUCAAAGCUGCAGCAUCUUAACCUUGGAGAUCUUAACCUUGGAGAUAAUAGUAUUAACCGGUUGGUUGAAGCUAGAAAUCUUCAAUGGCUUUCUGGUCUUUCUUCCUUGAAGUAUCUUGAUUUGAGUGGAGUGGACCUCAGCAAAGCAACUGAUUGGCUGCAGGUAACCAACAAACUUCCUUCUUUGAUAGAGUUACAUUUGUCAGCUUGCUUUCUUGAUAAUGAUCCUCCACCAAUCAGAGUUAACUAUACAUCUCUUUCCAUACUUGAUCUUUCUGGCAACUACAUAUCCCCUUCAGUUCCUAAGUGGAUUUUCAGUCUUCAUAGCCUUGUUUCCUUAGAUCUGAGUGGAAAUGCCCUAGGAGGUCUUAUUCCCAAUAGUCUCCAAAACAUGUCCUCUCUCAAAUUUCUUGAUCUUUCCACGAACUCAUUCGAUUCAUCAAUACCUGGUUGGUUGUAUAAUUUGAACCAUCUUGAAUUUCUCAGUCUUAGAGGUAACUUCCUACAAGGCAAAAUCUCGAGUGCCAUUGGAAACUUGAGUUCCAUUGUUCGCCUUGAUUUGUCAGGAAAUCAGCUUGAAGGAACAGUACCAACCUCUUUGGAAAAUCUUGUCAAUUUGAGGCAACUUGAUUUGUCAAAUAACAAAAUUGAUCAGGUGAUAUCAGAAAUUCUGCAGAGCUUGUCUAGAUGCUGCUCAGAUGACUUGAAGUCAUUAAAUAUGGCAACUAACAAUCUUUCAGGCCAUUUAAAUGAUCAACUUGGACUAUUCAAAAGCCUAUCUUACCUGUCUCUUUCUCAAAAUUCCAUUUCUGGUCUCAUUCCAAUCUCCAUAGGAAACCUGUCAUCUUUAAAAUAUUUUGAUGUGUCAGAAAAUCAAUUAGAUGGCAAUCUUCCUCAAAGUCUUGCACAGCCCAUGAGUCUGGAAUAUAUGAACAUUGCUUAUAAUCUGUUGGAAGGUACUGUAUCGGAAUUGCUCUUUUCUAGUCUCACUAGAUUGAGAGUUUUAAGGGCAUCUCAAAACAAGUUGAAAUUUGAAGCAAACUCAAACUGGAUUCCUCCUUUUCAAUGUCGAACCAUUGAAAUGGGUUACUGGCUUCUUGGCCCAAAAUUUCCAACAUGGCUUCAAUUUCAGAAGGACUUGUCUACCUUAGACAUAUCCAGUGCAGGAAUUUCAGAUGUUGUUCCCUCUUGGUUUUGGAACUUUACUUCUAAAAUGGUGUCUCUGAAUAUUUCUCAUAAUGGACUUGAAGGGGAGAUCCCAUUUUUGCCAGUGCAUAAAUUGGUUGAUUUGAGAUCCAACCGGUUCACAGGUCCAUUGCCAGGAGUGCUCCCUGAUGUGGCAACAUUGUUUUUCACUAACAAUUCAUUUUCGGGGUCUCUUUCAGAUUUUUUAUGUGACAACAAAUUAGGUAAACCAAAAUUGUUUCUUCUUCAACUUGAAACAAAUCUUCUGUCAGGAGAAAUUCCAGAUUGUUGGUUGAAGUGGCGAGGCAUCCGGGUUCUAAAUAUGGGAAACAAUAAUCUGACUGGGAAGAUUCCAGACUCUUUGGGAUCCUUGGAUUUUAUGUUUCUAAAUCUUAGAAACAAUAAGCUAUCCGGGGAGCUACCAUUGACCUUGCAAAAAUAA